GAGAGCAGAAUAAUAACGGCAAUAAUGAGAGGAAGAGGCGAGCAAAAAAUAUAUAACUGAUUUGCCGGAGCAGCCGAUGGAGACGAUCUUCUUCGUCGCACUUCUCACACCUUCAUUCAACCUUCCAGCAGCAUCCUGGAUUAAUUGAUCGGGUGGAGGGGACUUGCGGGAUUAUUGCUGUUCGGCGAGACUGCGGGAUCUAAAUUAUGAAGAACUGCGAAAAAGCCGCGGCGCUGCUCCGAAAGCCGCUCCGCUCCGAUCAUCGCCGCGUUUUCGCUGCGCUGUUUCGCGAACGUGGAGCGUCUGACUGAUCGCGCGACCCCCAGUGCGCGCGCGUCGCCGGCCGGCGGAGCGCAGGAGGGAUGAGCUUCGCGUCCGAUCGGGCUGCUCGCGCUGCUCGCGCUGCGGCGCCUCAACUUUGAUGGUUGCGGCUCGGCGGCUAGACUGGAUUUGAUUUAUCAGCCGGGAAUCCUGCAGCAAAUGGGCUACCUCUUCGCUUCGCCGGGGAGGGAGUGUCAAUAGGAUGCGACUGAUGGAUGGUGGCGAGUGAGGAUGACGCCCCCGUAAGCGGCAGAUCGAUGGGAAACACUUGCCAUGCGACUCGGCUUUGAGAGUUCGGACAGCUGCUCGGCUCUGAUCGGCCCGCCUGGCCCGUGGAUAUAAAUAUCAGGCGGUGCUCGGCGGCACUUGCGGCCGAAGGGCCCCUCUCCUGGCGUUCCGGGGCGGAGGGAGGAUGCUGUGGCGCCGGCGUCCGGGCCUUGCCGCCCUGCCGCUGUGGGCCCUGGGGCUGGUCCUGCACGCAGCGGCGAUGACCCCCCAGCACAAGGUGGACGAAGGCGACCCCGUGGUGACGACCGUCUAUGGGAAGGUGCGCGGCUUCAAGAAGGAGCUCCCCAACGAGAUCCUGGGCCCCGUGCUGCAGUUCCUGGGGGUGCCCUACGCCGCCCCGCCCACGGGCUCCCGCCGCUUCCAGCCCCCCGAGCCGCCGGUGGCCUGGUCAGGCGUGCACAACGCCACCCACUUCGCCCCCGUGUGUCCGCAGAGCGUGGAGGAGGGCAGGCUGCCGGACGUCAUGCUGCCCGUGUGGUUCACCAACAGCCUGGACGUCGUGUCCUCGUACGUUCAGGACCAGAGUGAGGACUGCCUUUUCCUAAACAUAUAUGUCCCCACGGAAGAUGGUCCACUUUCAAAGAAACAGAAUGAUGAUUUAAGUGAUAAUGACGAUGCUGAGGACGAAGACAUCCGGGAAAGCGGUAGCCCAAAACCAGUGAUGGUUUUUAUUCACGGAGGAUCGUACAUGGAAGGCACUGGGAAUAUGUUUGACGGCAGCAUCUUGGCCAGUUACGGGAACGUGAUCGUGAUCACCGUCAACUACAGGCUUGGCGUGUUAGGGUUUUUAAGCACCGGCGAUCAAGCUGCGAAAGGGAAUUACGGCCUCCUGGACCUCAUCCAAGCCCUGCGCUGGACCAGCGAAAACAUCGCCUUUUUUGGGGGCGACCCAUUACGCAUUACCGUUUUUGGAUCGGGAGCCGGUGCCUCCUGUGUCAAUUUGCUGACCUUGUCUCAUUACUCUGAAGGUAAUCGGUGGAGCAAUUCAACCAAAGGUCUUUUCCAGAGAGCUAUAGCACAGAGCGGGACUGCGCUCUCCAGCUGGGCCGUCAGUUUCCAGCCCGCAAAAUACGCACGCAUGUUGGCCAAGAAGGUGGGCUGCAACCUGAGGGGCAGCGUCGAGCUGGUGGAAUGCCUGCAGAAGAAGCACUACAAGGAGCUGGUGGAGCAGGACAUCCAGCCGGCUCGCUACCACAUCGCGUUCGGCCCCGUCAUCGACGGCGACGUCAUACCCGAUGACCCGCAGAUCCUGAUGGAGCAGGGCGAGUUCCUCAACUACGACAUCAUGCUGGGCGUGAACCAGGGCGAGGGGCUGAAGUUCGUCGAGCUCAUUGUGGACAGCGAAAACGGCGUGCAGGCCAACGACUUUGACUACGCCGUCUCCAGUUUUGUGGACGAUCUGUACGGCUACCCCGACGGCAAGGACAUCCUAAGAGAGACCAUCAAGUUCAUGUACACGGACUGGGCGGACCGGCACAAUCCGGAGACGCGCAGGAAGACACUGCUAGCUCUCUUCACGGACCACCAGUGGGUGGCCCCCGCCAUCGCCACGGCCGACCUCCAUUCCAGCUUCGGUUCGCCCACCUACUUCUAUGCUUUCUACCACCACUGUCAGACGGAGCAGGUGCCCCCUUGGGCAGACGCGGCCCACGGCGAUGAGAUCCCCUACGUCUUCGGCCUACCCAUGGUGGGUCCCACGGAGCUGUUUCCCUGCAACUUCUCUAAGAACGACGUCAUGCUGAGCGCCGUGGUCAUGACCUAUUGGACAAACUUUGCCAAAACUGGUGAUCCAAAUCAGCCGGUUCCUCAGGACACCAAGUUCAUCCACACGAAGCCGAACCGCUUUGAGGAGGUGGCCUGGACGCGUUACAACCAGAAGGACCAGCUGUACCUGCACAUCGGCCUGAAGCCGCGUGUCAAGGAGCACUACCGCGCCAAUAAGGUGAACCUGUGGCUGGAGCUGGUGCCGCACCUGCACAGCCUCAAUGACAUCACACCUAUUGUCUCCACCACCACCAAAGUCCCCGUACCGGAGGCUACGCCGAGGACACCAAAGAAGAUUCCCGUGACCACCAGGAGGCCCAACCCCACUCCCUUCCCCACGGAGAACCAGGACAGGCCCAGCCAGGUGGAGCGCCCCUUCCUCGUGGACAAGCGGGACUACUCCACCGAGCUGAGCGUCACCAUCGCCGUGGGCGCCUCGCUCCUCUUCCUCAACAUCCUGGCUUUCGCCGCGCUCUACUACAAGAAGGACAAGCGGCGGCAGAACGUGCACCAGCGUUGCAGCCCCCAGCGCAGCACCGCCAACGACCUGGCCCACACGCAGGAAGAGGAGAUCAUGUCUCUGCAGAUGAAGCACACGGACCUGGAGCACCAGUGCGACGGCAUCCACCCGCACGAGGUGGUGCUCAGGACUGCCUGUCCUCCGGAUUACACGCUGGCCAUGCGGCGGUCUCCCGACGACAUCCCCCUCAUGACUCCCAACACCAUCACCAUGAUAUCAAACAGCAUCCCGGGGAUGCAGUCGUUGCACCCCUUCAGCGCCUAUCCCAGCGGACAGAACAGCACCCUGCCCCACCCGCAUUCACACUCCACGACGAGGGUAUAGCCACCAGGGGGCGUCCUUCCUCGCAGUCGUCGCCAUGGGAAUUGCACGGAUAUUGUACCGCUGCAGUUUAAAGGGGAAAAGUACCACUUUUGUAACAAAAAAAAGAAAUAAAACGGGGCAAAAACGUCUGGAUUAUGUAGAAAACGGGUUCUUUUAUGUUGGAAAGAAAAAGCAAAAGGAGGUCGUUUUUCUCUCGACGGUUAUCGCUUGAGGAAUCGCGGAGCGGCUCGCUCACGCGGCUCUUCCAAAGCGGGAAAACGAGAGGAAGGAAUAUUUUAUAAAUCACGCUCGCGAUACGCGCCACGAGCGUCCCGAUCCGGAGCCAGAACAACGUGUCGCCCGCAGGAUUUGGCGGAAGGAGGAGACCACGAAAAAGAAAAUUGUACAACGAUGUUAAAUAAAAGACAUUUAUGGAAACUGCUGAAAAUAUGCACAAAGGAGACGAUCACGAGAAACGUCAGAGUUUUUCUCCCCCCCGUCAUGUUAUUUUUCUUAAGGACCGAUUUUAUUGUGUAGAAUCUAUUUGCAUAUCUAGAUCAGUACACAAAGCACCAAUGGUGUUUAAACCCUAAUAGGGUAGCGAUCCUGCAAUCUGCCGGCAGAACAAAUGGGAAUAAUGACUUUCUGGCAGAUAAGGCUUCCUCACAUAAGUGCUGUCUACACUGGGAGCUGGCGGAUAGGGGAACUGGAUAUUUUUAGCACGACGUGCAUGACAAUUUAUCUGCUUGGCGGCUGUUCUGCUGAUUAAGUUGUAAUUAAAUAAUUUUCAUCCCCAUUGGAUUUGUUCGAAGGAAUAUCUCUCCGAUUGGCUCGCGGCCCGUGGAGAUGGCGGCGGAAGGCGGGGCUUUGGAGGGGGAGGGGCGGGGAAGCUCCGCGGCAGCAAAGGUGGCUGACGGGACUUUUUUUCUACGAUGUUUGUCAGUUACAAUGUUUUAGUAGUGGUGACGCACUUGCUGUUCUCCAUCUCUUUCGAGAGAGUCCAUCAUAUUCUCUUGCCCCUCCCCCAGUUAUCCUUCACGGAUCAUGAAAAUCAGGAUUUUUCUUCGCCACCUCCAGCUAAUGCUCAGUAGCUCAUGUUCACUUUCUUUUCUUCGUUUUUUUUGCUUUUGCAGGCUGACACAAUGGGUAAAACAUGGUGUUUUUCCAUGGAAAGGGAUGUUAUACCACAAAUGCUUUAUCACAUCAUUUGAAAAUUUCAAGAAUUACUAGAAAUGUCCUUCUUUGUGUCGUCUUGCACUUUCACCGUGGUCAGGGUCUAAUUCAGAGGCGGGCUGCGUGUUAACGUGCGUCAUCGAGCAAGGUUUUUUCCGUCCACCGUGAUACACGAAACCCUCCCGGAAAAGUUUGUUCAGCCAAGAUGAGGCCCGUACGCGUUCUUGGACGUGUCACCACCCCGUCGCGUUUGCUGACAGAUUCGUUCGGCGACUGCCGCCGUCUCGAACCCGUGGGCCAGAUGGUACGAGAGAAAGGAGACUGAAACCAUGGACCAGACCUCCGCGGUCACGCGUAACCAAAUCACAGGUUUCCCACUCUGUUUACGCGAUUCUCGCAAGGUGCUGCGACACCUAAACAUAGGUUAUUUUUUCACACACACACACACACACACACA